GGACACAGCUCCAGCCCCGCGCCCACCACCCAGGCCCGCGGGCGACGUGGCUCCGCCAAGCCGGCCCCCCUCCGCCCCCCCCCCUCCGCAGCCCGGCGGCCAAUGAGCGCGUGAGCCGGGCAGCCUGAGGCUUCCUAGCGGGCGCCCGGGGCGCGCCCCUCCGCUUGGGCACGGGGCGGGCGCUGGCUGAGGGGCUGGUCCUCCCGUCCCCCGCGCCAGCCCCAGCCCCAGCCCGCCGGCGCUCCGAGCCCCUACUGCCGAGUCGCAGCCGCUCUGCUCUCCGGCUCGGUGUCUCCCGGCGCCUUCCUCUGCUCGCGACCAUGACGCGCGGCCGCUGCCCGGGACUCGCCGUGGCGCUGCUGCUGGCGCUGCUGCUGGCGCCGCGGGCGCUGCGGGCCAAGCCCACCGUGCGCAAGGAGCGCGUGGUGCGACCCGACUCCGAGCUGGGCGAGCGGCCGCCCGAGGACAACCAGAGCUUCCAGUACGACCACGAGGCCUUCCUGGGCAAGGAGGACUCCAAGACCUUCGACCAGCUCACCUCGGAGGAGAGCAAGGAGAGGCUGGGAAAGAUUGUUGAUCGAAUCGACAGUGAUGGGGAUGGCUUUGUCACCACUGAAGAGCUAAAAACCUGGAUCAAAAGGGUGCAGAAGAGAUACAUCUAUGAUAAUGUUGCUAAAGUCUGGAAGGAUUAUGAUAGGGACAAAGAUGAUCAGAUUUCCUGGGAAGAAUACAAACAAGCCACCUAUGGUUACUACCUAGGAAAUCCUGAAGAGUUUCAAGACACUUCAGAUCAUCACACCUUUAAAAAGAUGCUACCACGUGAUGAGAGAAGGUUCCAGGCGGCAGACCUCAAUGGGGACCAGACAGCCACCCGGGAGGAGUUCACUGCCUUUCUACACCCUGAGGAGUUUGAGCAUAUGAAGGAAAUUGUGGUUCUGGAGACCCUGGAGGACAUUGACAAGAAUGGGGAUGGGUUUGUGGAUCAAGAUGAGUAUAUUGCGGACAUGUUUUCCCAUGAAGAGAAUGGCCCUGAGCCAGAUUGGGUUUUGUCAGAACGGGAGCAGUUCAAUGAAUUCCGGGAUCUGAACAAGGAUGGGAAGUUGGACAAAGAUGAGAUUCGCCAUUGGAUCCUCCCCCAAGACUACGACAAUGCGCAAGCCGAAGCCAGGCACCUGGUGUAUGAGUCUGACACAAACAAGGAUGAAAAGCUAACUAAAGAGGAAAUAUUGGAGAACUGGAAUAUGUUUGUUGGAAGCCAAGCUACCAAUUAUGGGGAAGAUCUGACAAAAAACCAUGAUGAACUUUGAUGUCCAUUUACCAUAACAUGGCAGACUGCCAGAGGCUUCCUUUUUCAUCUUAGAUGGUUGCUACACUUGUUUCAUUUAUAGCACCGGUGUCCCCAAAAGUAAGCUUACAGCCUCAGGUUGGGGUUAAAAAUGCAUAUUAUUCAGUAAUUACUGGGAAAUAGUAAAUUCAGUAAGAAUUUUUCAGAACACUUUAAAGCUUAAUAAAUCAGGGUGAACCUAUGUUGCUUUGGAGGGAUUUCUUGCUAAAGAUAUGACAUAUUCAGUUAAGUUUAAACUAAACUGGCAUAAAAUUUGAAAAAAAAUUUUUUUUUUAGAAGUUGGUGGGGAAUAUGUCGAAUGUCUAUUAUGUCUAUUAUGUAUUUUACCUGCAAAUAUUUUACAUUUACCACUGAUGACUAGUUAGGGAAAAUUCUGAUUAAGUCAUGGUAGUCUCCUACGUAAGCUUAUUUCAGAAUAAUUCCAACAUUUCAGGCUUUUUCUCCUUAAUUUUGUAUUCUGGGCUGUUACUGUAAAAUGGCAUCUAAAAACUGCAUUUUUCUGUACAGACUUGCUAAUGUGCACAGCAAAUCCAUAUGCUUGUUUGGGUUUUUUGUUUUUACAUUGAGAAACAAUCAAGAAAAAUAAUGUGAAAGAAAAAAAAAGAAAUCUUAGAGAUAGAAAAAAGAUGUACGUUGGGCAUGGAGAACUAUUAGAAAAUGGUAAACACUUUAUAAUACUUGAGACUUUUUUUCUUGACAUGUCAAUGUGAUCUGAUUUGUGAAAAAGUGAAUUAGAAUUAAAAUUCAUUUCUUUAUGAUCAUGGAUAGGAAUAAGGGACUGCUGGAACCCAUCACAUCCUGUCCCAAGAAAUGCACACCCCUCAGAGGGAUCACUUAACCAUGGAAUUAGGGCAAAGUGAUGUUGUAGACAUUGGCUAAACUGGUUUAAACAACUUUCACAGACUGAAAUUUCAACUUUUAAGCAGAGUGUGAAUGCAAUAAAGGAUCCCUUCUGAGGA